AUGAGCGCCCACGUCGUGGUAAUCGACUCCACGGCCAGGCGGGCAACUGUGAAGACAACCCCAGCCAAACACCUUACGGAUAUUUUGCAAGAAGCUUGUACAAAGUUUGGUUACAACUCCAAUCAGUAUGCUCUUAAGCACAAUCGCAAACAGCUGGAUAUGUCCCUUUCUUUCCGUUUGUCAGGCCUUACCACUGGAGCAAAGCUAGAACUGGUUCAACUAUCCCGAUCUCCCUCCGUCGUCACUGUAGCCCUUCAACUACCAGAGUCCGAAGCUCGCGGUGCUCCGAACGGACGCAUACUAGACAAGUUUCCAAGUACAACUACACUUUGGCUGGUGUUACGCAACUUUGAAGCGGGAGUUGCAGGCAGCACAGUUGCACGCAAUCUUACAGCGCGUGGAGUGCCCGCUGCAGAUGGUGGUGAUUCUGGUGCCGGGCGAUUGUACUAUGAGGUUCCGGUUCUUCGGGUUUUGGAGCGCGAGCUAUCAAGCUUCACAGAUUUGCAGAAGUCUCUUGCACAGCUGGGCUUUAAUAGUGGGAAUAUUCUUAUUCGCCUCAGCUUUCGACGAACGGAAGAGCCUCUUGAAGAAGCGAUGGUGAAGAUCGGCGAGUACUUCAAAUUGAGCGGAGAUGAUACGCCAAUGCAACAACCAACUCAAACAACUGCAGCUCCUCCGGCCAUUCAAAACAAUGAGAAUACAGCUCCGCAACAUCAGGAUAGCACCACACAACCUGAACCAGAACAAUCUACAUUUGAGCCAGCUACUGCACCCGAAGCAGCCCCCGAGCAAACUGGCUCGGCAUCUAACCGAUCAGUUACUGUUUUUUCCCCUCCAUCUGAAAAUAUACCAUUAUCAGCACAAUUAUCAUACAACGAAGCAGACUACAUCCCCUCUGUCGAACAUGCCAAAGCCCAUCAACGCCAACUGAACGAAGCUUCCCGUCCCCAGCGCCUACCAACAGACGCCGAGAUAGCUGCUAAGACGGCCGCAGAGGAUAAGCGCCGCGCAGACAUCCGCGAGAUCGACGUGAAGAUCCGCUUCCCAGAUCAGAGCCAAGUAGUUGCCAAAUUCGGGACAUCAGACUCAGGCCAGUCAUUGCAUGGCUUUGUACGAAGCUGUCUGUCCCCAACAUACGGAGAGAUUAAUUUCGCCCUGAACGCUUUCGCCGCCGCCGCACCAGGCCGUGCUGGACAUGCGAAUGUCAUUCCUGACACUGAAUUCCUUUUAAUCAAAGACCUCCGACUGCAAGGUCGGGUUUUAGUAAAUUUCACCUGGGCUGAUAAUGCAAGCUCGGCUACACACCAACAACGAUCUGAGAUAUUGCGCCCGGAACUCCGCAGCCAAGCACAGCAAUUGAAGAUUGAGCAACCACCGGAGAUUAUUGAGGAAGCCGCUACGUCAAAACCCGAGCCAGGCCCCAGUGGUAGCUCGGAUACAGGAAAGCCUGGAGCGAAGAAGGGAAUGCCUAAGUGGCUGAAAUUGGGGAAGAAAUGA